AUGGCCAAAGAUGAACAAAGAGAAGACGGUGUAAAUGCCUCUCGUAAAGCAACCGAGCGUCUCAACCAGCUCUCGUCCCACCUCGAGUCCAGCUCUGACAAGGCGAAAAAGCGCAAACCAAAAUCUUCAGGUUCCCUUCCUGCCGACUACUCUGACGUGCUCGGCCAAAUAGCCAGCCUACGGUCUCUCGCAGCCAAUCCUGACCCCAAGAACCGGGGUUAUAUUCGACAAAAGCAAGCUGGGAAACUAUGGGUCCGCGAACGGAUAGACCUGCUCCUUGAUCCGAAUUCGUUUCAGGAAGUUGGAUCUGUGAGCGGCACAGUUAAGUGGAAACAGACCGGGCCGUUAACGGAAGAGCCAGUGGCAUUUACACCGAGUAAUAACGUGCAGGGUAAGGGUAAACUAAAUGGGAGAGAUAUCAUAUUUACUGCGGAUGAUUUUAGUAUCCGAGGUGGGCAUGCAGAUGGAGCGAUUGCGGAGAAGACGGUAUACAUGGAGAAGCUGGCGAUUGCGCUGAAGAUGCCUAUGAUAAAGCUUGUCGAUGGGAGCUCUGGAGGGGGCAGCGUAACGACAAUUAAGACUGAGGGGUGGUCAUAUAUCCCUCAUGUGAAGCCGUUCGAGUACGUGGUCCAGCAGUUGAACAUGGGAAUACCAAAUUUGGGUGCUGUGCUUGGGCCUGCAAUCGGUCUUGGUGCUGCUAGAGUGGUAGCCUGUCACUUUUCGGUAAUGGCAGCCGACGUUGGAGCGCUGUUCAACGCUGGCCCAAAAGUGGUCGAAGGCGCAACUUUUGAGGAAGGCUUAGACUUUCAGGAAUUAGGUGGCCCCGCGAUGCAUUGUACCAAUGGAACAAUUGACAAUCUAGCGGCCAAUGAGGCAGAAUGCUUCGAACAGAUACGUACUGUCUUGGGCUACCUGCCGAAUUCAGGAGCAGAAGCCCCACCGGCAAUUCCCUGCGAUGAUCCUGAAAACAGGGAGGAUAUUUCGCUUCGAAGCGUAAUUCCCAGACGACAGCAAAGAAUGUAUAAUCCAUGGACGAUUAUCAAGUCGGUGGUAGACCGUGAUUCGUGGUUCGAAAUUGGCCCACUAUGGGGGAGAACAUCGAUCACUGGCCUUGCUCGUCUCGGUGGCCGACCGGUGGGGAUAAUAUCUUUGAAUUGUGAAGUCAACAGUGGAGCAUUGGAUGCCGCUGGAAGCCAAAAACUGACUAGGUUACUGAAGCUCUGCGACGUGAUGAAUAUCCCUAUUCUGCAAUUUAUUGACGUCCCUGGAUACGCGAUCGGUACUGUCGCCGAACGAACAGCAACGAUGCGCUGGGGAGUAGAGUUGGCCAAAGCAUAUUAUUCCACAACCAUGCCAGUGUUCAACGUCAUUACUAGAAGAGCGUUCGGAGUUGCUGGCGCAAUUAUGGCUGGCUGUCGUGACCCAACCAUGCAGGUUGCAUGGCCCUCGGGCCAGUGGGGUUCAUUACCUUUAGAUGGCGGUAUAGAAGUCGGGCAUCGGCAUGAACUGCGAGAGGCCGAAAAGGCGGGCAAGAAAGCUGAACGGUAUAAAGAAUUGGAAAAUGAAUACCUGAGGCUUAUGAAUCCAGUUCGAACAGCCAAUGCAUUUGGGGUGGAGGAGAUUAUCGAUCCAAAAGACACGCGCACCAUUGUAUGUGCUUGGGCAAAACGAGUCUACCAGACUCUCAUGCCAGAGAGGCUGGCGCAGAGGGCCAGUGGAAAAAUCCAACCUAGUUUUUCAUAA